UCAUUCAGGCAGCAGCCAGCACUCAGUGCGCGCUAUACCGCUAGUGCUCCGUGACUUGACCUCCGUGGUGCUCCGUGUCUCUAGUGUUCCGUGUGUCUCUAGUGCUCCGUGUCCCCGGUGCUCCGUGUCUAGUACUCCGUGAAAGGUUCCUCAAGUCAUUACUGGAUUUACUACAUUUUUCAGCAUGAAGUUACUGUGCCUAGUGGCUGGGCUGGCCGUCCUCACGGCCACACUGGCCGACCCCAACUUACCCCUGGGGACAGAGGGGCGCCCUGGGGGCAUCAUGCCCGGAGUCAGGCCACGACCCCCCAGGGACAACACCGCCAUCGUCUUCCCGGGCUCCCGGAAGGACCCCGUCCCGUCAGCAGUCGUGCCGGGCCCCCAGCCUGAACCCGCGAGACGGGGCCCACAACUCGUACCCGUGACGUCUGACUCCCGACCCGUACCCGCGAGGCCUGGCCAGCAGCCCAGACCUGAGAGCCAUGGCUCACAGCCCCAGCCCGUGCAGCCCGGCGGUCAGCCGUACAUCGGGCCCGUGCUGGAGCUGCCAGAUGACCUGCACACGCUGGACAUUGAGAACCUACACCGCCUGAACGCCGUCUCGGACAUCAAUGACUUCAUGGCCAUGUUCAACCUCUCCAAACCCAAGGACAAGGAAGAGGAGAAGCCCUCCAUCACCACCAGGUUCGGUAACAGCGGAGAGAUACCGGCCGAGGACGCUGUGAUGGCCAACUGCAAGCCGGAGCUGACGACGGUGGCGCUGGACCUGCCGGUGGAGCCGAGCACCUUGUUCUUCCCGACCUGCGUGAGGCUGGAGCAGUGUGGGGGCUGCUGCUACGGGCCCCUCCUCACCUGCCGCCCCACCGUCACCAAGCUUGUCAAGUACAAGGUGUUGAAGACGUCGCUGGUCGCCUCGGAGCCGUUGAGACGACGCAGGCAACGUCGCCAGAACGAAGUGAGUUACCACGUGGUGGAGGCCUACAAGCACACCGAGUGUUCGUGCGGCUGUAAGGUGCAGGAGACGGACUGCGACCCCAAAAUCCACACUUACUUCGAGGGGGAGUGUGCCUGCGUCUGUACCAACAGUGACGAGAAGACCAAGUGUGAGGAGCAGAACUCGACCAAGUACUGGGACAACCAAACCUGCAACUGCUACUGCCGCAAGCCCCAGGAGUGUAGCAGCGGCGAGUACUUCUCCCCCGUCUCCUGCAGCUGUGAGAGGCUGGAGGCCAGAAGCGGCUUCGUGGCCAGCCAUGGACGUAGAGAAGGUGACCUCCGCCCAGACACCAGCCUCGCCCCCACCUCGUCUGUACUACACAACGGCAGGCACAAGCCCACCAGGGUCCCUCUCUACGACUAGGCCUUCCCUCACCCACACCCACCUGCCUGUCUCCCUCACCCCCACCCACCUGCCUCCCUCACCACCACCCACCCACCUGCCUCCCUCACCACCCCCAC